GCUUCCCGCCUUCCUUCUGAAGUCAAUAAAACCCUACAAAUCAAUAUAAAAUAAUAGUCGGAGGAACAGACAGAGAGAAAAAGAGAAAAGUCCGGUGGAAUCAAAAUGGCGCGAACCUCGUCAUCGAAGAAGAAGCGCAAAGACGAAGAGGAUCCAAACCCAGAGGUGACGCAGCGCAAGAGGCUCAAAGCCCUCGCCUUCUCCAACAACCUACUCUCAGAGGUCCCUGCUAAGCCCCACGCGCCUCUCACCCCCUCAAACACUGUUGUUAAGCACCAUGGCAAAGACAUUCUCAAGAAAUCUCAGCGAAAGAACAGGUUCCUCUUCUCCUUCCCUGGCCUCCUUGCUCCCAUUGGAGGCGGUAAGAUCGGUGAGCUCAAGGAUUUGGGCACCAAGAACCCCGUGUUAUACCUCGAUUUCCCUCAGGGUCGGAUGAAGUUGUUUGGGACUAUUGUGUUCCCCAAGAACAGGUAUCUGACUAUGCAGUUCCCUAGGGGUGGGAAGAGUGUCAUGUGCGAGGACUACUUCGAUAAUAUGGUCGUAUUUUCCGAUGCUUGGUGGAUUGGGACACAAGCUGAGAACCCCGAAGAAGCCCAACUUGAUUUCCCUAAGGAACUUACUGAGGGACAACAUGCAGAAUAUGACUUUAAAGGUGGUGCAGGUUCAACAUCUGCAAACAAGCAAAGUGAUCGUAAAAAUGAAACUACAUAUGUAGAACAUUCCCCAAAUGUUAAUGUUGAAGAUAAUGUAUCAGAUGAUGGAAACAAGGAUUUGGUGAGAGCAACACCUGUUCGACAUUCAGCAAGAACUGCCAGAAAACGAUUCAAUUUUGGAAAUGCUUCUUCUGGAGAUGAUUCUUUUGAAAGCGAUACUUACUUAAGCGAAGGAGAAGAUGAAAAAAUUGAGGGACUUGAUUCAUCAUCCGGGAAGCAUGCUAGUGGGAAGACUGAAAAUCUCAGCUUUGGAGACGUUGACAUUGUUAAUGAGGAUUCUGUGAAAGGAGCUCAAAUUCCCAAACAAAAUCAGGAGUCCCCUGUGUCAGAAGCUAAAUCAAAGAAACAAUCGCAUUCUACCUUUGCAGUGACUACAUCUGUGGAGGACUCUCAUAGAAAUCACAGUUCGCUUAUUCAGGCUACUAUAUCUACAUUGUUUAAGAGAGUGGAGAAAAAGAAAGUGGACUCCAGUAUGCAAACUCAAGUACAGCUUCCUUCUUCAAAGGUUCAUGAAACACCAAAAAAUCCAAAGAAACCUGCAUCCACAAAAGUUUCUGGCCAGAAGUCGCACCAAACUGAUUCAAAGAAGAAGGUUAAUCAGGAUGGACGACCUAAGGAAAAGGCAAAAACUAUCGAGGAAAAGGAUUCAGGAGGCAAAAGCUUGGCAAAGAAGAAACAAGAUGAGGUUGAAGAGGAUGAUAUUGAAGAAUUCUCAAGUAGCUCACAGGACACUGAUCUUAGUGAUGAGGAUUGGGCUGCUUGAGAUGGUAACGACAGAGGGUGUAUAGAGAAUUUGAGAUGCACCCGUGUCAAGCAAAGUGAUGUGAUAUUGGUCCCCUGUGCAAGGCCCAAGGGAUGAUGAUGAUGAUGAGGAGUGUUGAAGAGCUUGCUCGCUCACUCGUCUAGUGUUAUCAGAAGAGCUCCUCAAAAAUUGACACAUUGCCUGCCUGCCUGCCUGCCUGCCGCGUACUGUAAUCUUCACUUUCUUAUUAUUUGCAGGCAUGGAUUGUUUUCAUAAAUGUUUUAAGAUGACACAUAUGCCCUCUUGUUCCUCUUUCUUCUUUAUAUUUGAUUUUAUCCGAGACUAAUAAAUAAAGCAUUUGACAUCUUAAAUUUUAA